CGUUGCAACACUGAAAUUGUCAAAACUGGAAUGGAAUUAAAAUUCCGAGUAUAGACAACCACUUUUAGGUACCUACUAGGUAUUUAAUUUCUGUUUUAUUCACUCACAGAUCCUGUCAAAGAUUUUUCAUUACAAAGAAUAAAACUCAUGUACCUAUGCGAUAAGAAAUAAAAAAGAAUAAUAUUUUACCUCCAAACUUUAAUACCAAUAUAAAGCUUAUACCUAGUGUUAAAAUUCAUCAGUCAGUCAUUUAAAUAAGUUGAAGUGUAAAAAAAUCUAAUGUAGUAUAAGUACCAAAAAGAAUAAUUACACAAUGAGAACUGAUAUACAAAAGGAAGCUGGGACGUGGUUACUUAAAAGAUAUGGACAGUUCUUCAAAUUACAGUAUCAGGAUCUCGUGUCAGCAACAAAAGAUGAAUUUUGGGAAGAGAACAGAACUUAUUUACCAAUACAGGUAGCAAUGACAACUGGUGAACUUAUUCCUGUAACAGAACUGGUAUCAUCUGAUAAUACUUUAAUGACCAAAGUUUUGAGUGUGCUUACUUCAUUGUGCACUGAAGUUGUUGCUCUGAAAAAAGAAGCAUUUGAAAAGCAUUUCGAUUUUUUAUCAGUGUAUGAAGAAUACAAUAACAAUGAUAUUAGCAAACAAAUGGAGUCAAUUUGUGCAUUAAGUGCAUUCACCAGCCGUUGUGAUGAUGUGCUUCGUAAUCUGUGCAGCCAAGUUUUUGCUAUAUUUACUAAAAGUGCCAUAAAUAUUAAUGGCAUCCAAUUGCACUACAUUAUCAACUACAUUGGAGAACUAUUUACUCUCCUUGUUUUGUUAGAAGUGUUAAUAUCAAAUACUUCUUUAGUUACAAAUUGGAACAAAUAUUGCAAAACUAUAAAAUCCUUCAGUAAUGCACCUGAAAGCCUCGAUUUGAUGGAAGAUAAGUUCAAGGCUAUAUUGGGGGCUUUAAAUACCGUGACUAAUAAAAUUAUGAAUGAUGACAUUGUACACAGAAGCCUUCAAAAUUUGACUGUUUUAAGGGGAAGUUUAGUUGACAAGAAUUGUGCAUUGGUGGCUGCAGAAUUUACUAAGUAUAUAAAACAAGCAAUAACUAACUUAGAUAAACUUGUACAAGAGCAACCCAAUGUUAGUAAUCUGUACAAAUGUAUCAAAGUUAAUGGCCUUUUUGUACUGUCUGCACAUUUGUUUGGCACCAAUGACAAGAAAAUCUUCAAAGCAUUAAUGGAACUAAACACAAAGGCGCACAGUGUUAAUAUUAUUGGCACCACCGUGUGGUUUCCUGAGCAGUUUCUUCAAAGACAUGUUGCAUCCCAAUUUGCAAAACACGACAAAAUAUCUCAGACUAUGGUCAAAGCAAGACAAGCUUACAUCAUGAUGAAGAAAGCUACCUUAGCAAAAGACAUUGCAAAUCUUCAUCUUUUGUGUACACAAUGGGUCCUUUCAAUUGAAGAAAUAUUUUCCUCUAACCAUCACAAGUUAAGUGCUGCUGAAAUGAGCUUACAUGCAAAAACACUUAUGACAGGCCUGGACAUAGCUUCUACGACAAAUCAUUCAGUGCUCACUUUAAUUAAUUUACAUCUUACCCUGGGCAUACCACUACCAAAAAGCAUGUUAUUAUCGUUGUUCGAAAUAAUGUACAUGUUAAAGACAUUAAAAAAUGCAGUGAGUCGCAAUAGAAACCAAAUAAUAAUUUCAAUCAACAUGAUAUUACAACAUCUUGUGUUUCAAUCAACAUCAUCCAUACUUGAGGUGAAGAAGUCUUUAAUGACUGAUAAAAAUUAUGCAAAUAAGAGGCUUGAUGAGCUGACAUGCUUAGUAAUUGCUGAAAGAGCUCUCAAAGGUGCUGCUACAGUCAAGAGGAAUAUAGCAGCUAACAUUGCAUUGAGUUUUGUUCCUGACACAACAUAUUUAGAAGACAGUUACACUCGACUUGGGAAACUCUUAGAGAAAAUCCAGACUUUAUCUGGUUUUAUCAAUACUAUGGAUAAUCUAUGCAAUUGCUCUUGGCUCUUGUGGCAUCAGAAUAUAAUACCAAUUUAUUUUGAACAAAACCUUAGCAUGCAAUUAAACACAUUGAAAUUAAAAUAUUUUCUGAUGGUGUUAGAGGAUUGCAUUGUGCUAUUACAUGAAACUGAUAAAUAUUAUAAAACCACCAAAAAUGAGCAAUUUCUAAAUAUUGUGAAAACCAUGAUGGAAAACAAAAUUAUAUUGAGCGCAAGUCAAAACAUAGAGACCAAUUUAAGACUGCAUAUUCACUCUCACCUUCAGCUAGAUGUGAUCAAUCCAUUUACCUUUGACAUGACAAAAAAAAUAUUACUUACUAUAGAUAACUUUAGAAUCCAUUUCCUCUAUAUGUCUGUUGUACCUUCAGUUGAACACUACUUAUCAACUAUGUAUUACAAUUUAACAACUGUUGUGCUAUCAGAUUGGAAAACUUAUGGAGAAAUGCGACAAAUGGCGAAAUUCAAAUUUAAUUUGAAGACAGUCCAAGAUAAUCUUCCUACACAAACCUUGGAACAAGGUUUAGAUGUGUUAGAAAUAAUGCGCAAUAUCCACAUAUUUGUUUCGAAAUACUUGUACAACUUGAACAAUCAGAUAUUCAUUGAGAAAAGCAGUAACAACAAACAUUUGAAUUCAAUAAACAUCAGACAUAUUGCCAACUCAAUUCGAACACAUGGUACUGGAAUUAUGAAUACAACUGUAAAUUUUACUUAUCAAUUUCUAAAAAAGAAGUUUUUCAUAUUUUCACAAUUUAUGUAUGAUGAACAUAUCAAAUCCAGGCUCAUAAAAGACCUCAGAAAUUUCAAAGAAAGUGUCGACGUCAAUGGAAACAUGUAUUCUUACAAAAACGCAGAGAAAUUUAACAAGGGAAUAAAAGUGCUUGGUUUAAAUGAAGAAGGAUUAAGUUACUUAGAUUUGUUUCGCGACCUCAUUAGUCAAAUAGGUAACGCGAUGGGAUAUGUUAGAAUGAUCCGGUCUGGAGGCAGACAUUGCUGCUCUGAUGCUACCAUGUUUUUACCAAAUCUUGAUAAUGUUGAAUCAUUUAAACAGCUCAGUGAAGAGAGUGAUCUUGGGUCUAGAACAACUCAGUCUUCUGAGAAUCUUGAUCAUAAUAUCAAUGAUCUUAUAUCCAAUUUUAUUCAAGGGACUGAGUACUUUAAGUUACUUGUUGAUGUAUUUGCACCUGUAUUUCGUAAUCCUAAAAAUGUGCACUUAAAGAAUUUCUACAUUAUAAUACCGCCACUUACUUUAAAUUUUGUUGAACAUAUGAUAUUGUCGAAAGACAAAAUGUCAAAGAAGAACAAAGUUGGCGCAGCAUUUACUGAUGACGGAUUUGCCAUGGGUGUUGCGUAUAUAAUGAAAUUACUCGACCAGGACUCAAACUUUGAAGGUCUUCAUUGGUUUGCUUCUGUUUGGAAACACAUCAAUGAUGAAAGGAAACACCUGCAAGAACAACAAACCAAGGGAUCUAUACAGUUACAGCAAGCAUUGGCAUUAACUGAAAAGAAAAUCAAAACUCUAGAGGAAGAGUUUAAGUUAUUGUAUUACAGUCUAACAAGUGCUAGAAUAUUUUUCAGAUGAGAAUUAUGAUAUGAAAGUUAUUUUAUAAAUAUCUUUUACUGUAAAAUGAUAUUACAAAUACAUAUAAGUAAUAAUAAAUAUUAUAAGUAAAAUAUUAAUUUCAUUCAUAUUUAUAGAAGGUAUGUCAACAAAUAUGUAUACUAAGAGUAAAUAAAAAUAUUUUAUUUAAAACAAUAUUUUAUUUAAAUGGAAUCAUUUGUACUAGCUAUAAUUUGGUGCAUGUGUAGGAGAGCUCCAUAUUCAAGAUGAUUUUCCAAAUAUUUGGCAUAUUUCAUUAUAGAACUUCCUGCAUUCUCCCCUUGUAAAUAAGAAACAAUUCUUUUCAUAGCCUGGUAAGCCUCCAUUCCAGAAGUUGAGUUGCACUCUUUUUGGCUUAACACAUCAGAAGCUUGCAUAUUAUCAUCCAAUUGUCCUGGGAAAAUACAUGGCAAUUUUUUGUCACAAAAUAUAAUCAUAUCCAAGGAACUUGGACAUUGGUCGUAAUUCAAUGGUAUGUUAUACAUCUUGCACCAUCUUGAUAAACUAUGAUCACUAUCACUUUCUUCUUUGACAUUAAAGAAUAAACUGCCAUCUCCAGGGGGGUAGCUAAGGCUCUGAAUAUAUUUUUGUGGUAUGUUGUGCCAUGCCAUACCCAUCAUAUGUAUGUAAUCCAUGAAUGUUGAGUUGUCUUUACCGUAAGUUAAACUUCUACUGAUUUGUAAUCUUCGAUAGUGAUACUUGAAACACUCUACUACCUUUUCUAAAAUGUUUGUCACAUAGCUUAGUCCAGUAGCACUAAGUACUCUUAUAUUUUCAAAUUUCAUAGUGUUAAUAAUGCUCUCUGGUACAUCCAGUACCAGUGUGAUAUGGUUUCCUUUAGAAGCUAACUCAUUGUUCCACUUAGUUAAGUAACUCUGUAUUAUGAACCAAUUUAUUUGUGAAUUUAUACAAUAGUAGUAAGAGACUGGUAAGCUUCUGACAUGUAUUUCUGUUUCCAUUGAUUCUUUGCCAGCCACCACUACUUCUUUUUUGUCUGUACCUAAUGCAUUCACUAAGAGUAGAAGUGAAACAUAACUUUCAGCAUGUUGACCAUUUAGGUAGCUAUUAUAAUCAAGGUUGUGUGACAAUGCACAAACACCUCCCACAUAAACAUCUUUUGACUCUGAAUUGGUCAGAAAUUUUCUCCACUCUUCUUUAGCUUUUUCGCCGUACAUAUCAUCCGACGAGUAUUUGGAUAUAUUGUGUCUAGUACGAAAGCUUAACAGCCAGUCGUCAAUACUAGUAAAUUUUUCACUCAAACCUUUGAGAAUAUCUUGAGCCUUUGCACGAAGCUGAUCUUCAGUAAUAACAUUUCCGAUUUUAAAUUGUUGUUCAAACCAGUCGAGAAGGUUUUGUUCUAAAUUAAGACUGCAGAUUUCCUUUAGAAGGUUAUACUUCUGGUUGUAUUUUUUUAUUAUUGCGUCUUUCUGUUUGUAAAUAGAUAAAAUAGUCUGAGGAUGUACCCCAUACUCUCUAGCUAUAUCAGAUUUACAUUGACCAUUAUCUAGAGCUUGAAUAACUUGUAAUUUUGAUGUAGAAUCAAUUUUACUAAAUGAUUUCUUGGGGAAAUCUUUUAAAAACUCUGAUUGAUCGUCAACAACAUUUUUAAGUUCAGGAUUCCAAACUGACAUGCUUUAUAUAUCGUGUCAAAUGCACUAGUUAGUAAUUAUGAACUUAUAUUUAAACAAAAUAGUAAUACCUUAACACUUUAUAUAAGUGAAAUAUAAAAUACAAGAGAGUUUCCAUUACUUUUCGUAAAACAUGAAUUGUCAAUAAUUUACGACGUCAAUCAAAGAUAU